ACGACAAGUGCAGUGUUGUGGGUGGGAAGAGGCGGCAGCGCCAUGCGAGUGACGGUCGUGUGAGUGUCUCUGGCGGGUGUCGGCCCCUCAAUUCGUUUCCCUCAUGUGAUAACCAGCUCGCAUUGUUCGUAUAUUCCCCAAAUCCUGCAACAUGUGACCGUAGAUGUUGCUAAGGAUCCUUGCUACACCAGCCCUUCAUACCCCCCAGGGCCUAGUACCUGCGGCCAGAUGUGUCUCCUCUCCACCCCCGCCCUCCACACCAGCCACCAGCAUCCACCUCUAUCCACGCCAGCCACUUCCAUCCACACCACAGCAUCAGGCGUCGCCCAAGGGACCAGCCUAGUCCCGUGGCAGUGACUGGACUAACCAUAAGGAAUGGUGUAGUUGUGUGAGCAGUGAUGGGCUUUCCUACAAGUGGCAGCAUGGGUUCCGGGGUGACUGGCACACCCAUAUCAAGACGGCAGAUGCGGUUCCUAGUGGCUGUUGUGGCUGUACUCACGUUUGGUACAGUACUCACAGCUCUCAAUGUCUAUGAACUACACAAUCUGACCCGUGAACACUGGAUCAAAGACCAUGUCAAUGGUUUGUAUUUGGGAUGGAGAUUCAAGAAAUUGUGUAGCUUUGGAGGUGAACGUCCUGGUAAACCCUGUAAUUCUCUGGUGUGGUUAUGGAUUGGCCCACCGAGUCCACACUUGCAAGAUGAUCCAGAGGUAGUGUGGGACUCCGUACGAGAUGCUAUUCGCAAUGUGUUUUAUGGGAAAGAAGCAGACCUUAUUCAGGCUACAUCACACUACCCAAGACCUUCCAACUUUUUUGAGAUGAUGCGAUUUGACUUUGUUAUUGAUGAUCAACUCAAGGUACAUUUAAUGGAGGCGAACAUGUCUCCCAAUCUUUCGUCAGCUCACUUCAAGGAAAACCGUCUCCUGUAUGAGCAGGUGCUUUACAAUCUGUUCUCUCUGGUUGGUGUGGGUCGUUAUCUACACUCCAGUAGUCUAGCUUCACAGUCUCCUGAUGAGUAUGAAAUGCAAGUUGCAGCGAAAGAUGUGGUGGUGUUUCCUGACCACUGUGCCACAAACUGUCAAGGGGGUACUAGUGCUUGCAAUAGAGUUGAAUGUCAACUGUGUUUGCCAUGUCUCUCAAAAGAACAGCUGGCUGACUUAUCACGUGCAUAUUUGGAGCAUCAACAACGAGGGGCAUGUCGUCGAGUAGUGCCUCAACCUAUUAACCCUGACCAUGCCCAUACUGCUGCUAAUAUGAGUAACCUUACUCCUGAAAAUACCCUGAUGACAGAAUGGUUCCGGGGACAGUGCCUUAGUGAUAAAAUAUUUUGUUCAUAGCAAAGAACUAAGCAAGUACAGUACAGUACUUUAUAUAGUUAAUACAGGCAUAUGCAAGUCAAUCAUUUUACUCUGCCAUUUUGUGGUAUUAAUUUUUUUAACAAUAUGAAUGAUACCAAGGAUUGACACUUAUGACCUAUUGGUUUUCUGCACAGGAUAUUGGCUGUAAAAUACAAAAAUGGGGUUUCCUGUUCGUAGACUAAUCUAAAUCAUUGAUGUAUUUUAUCUUAUAACACUGAUUGUAAAAUUAUAGUACAGUACUGUGCAGCAUCUUUGAAUAAAGAAGAAAUAUUGUACAGUAUUAUAUUAUAUUAUAUAGUGUAUCAUAUUUUGCAUAUGUACAUUUCUGUAAUUAUUUUUUACUAUUGUAAAUAAUUUUUUUUUGUAAUUGAAGAUAUUUCAGAUACCUGUAUUUUAAGUGAGUAAUAGGGCUAAUUAUCGAUGGAUGUUCUUUUACUCAUAUAUUUAAAUAAUAUCAGGGCUACAAUGAAUAACUAAUAAUGAUUAAUAAUCAAUUAAUUAAUCACCUCAGUCAUAGUUCCCAGGUGCAAUAAUCAUAGGUUAUUGUGUCUUGUGACCCAAGAACCAGUCAGUGUCUUGGGUCACUGGUUAGUGGGGGUUCAUUUUUAUUCUAGCAGCUGGAUAGAAAGUUAAUGUAAUAAAAAAAUUUAAGACUCAUUAUAGAAAAUUUCUGUAUGGGUGUUACAUUGUCAUUAAGAAAAAAUUUCCUUAUACAGUAGAAACAAAAAAAACAAACAAAAAACUUCAGGACUGAGUACAGUGGCACCUUUGUUUUCGAAUUUAAUCCAUUCCCAGAGAUGGCUCGUAACCUGAAAAUUCGUAACCCGAAACAAAUUUUCCCAUAAAUACAUAUAAUAAAAAUUUAAUUAAUCCGCUCCACACUCCCAAAAAUAUUAACUACAAAAUACAUUUCAUACAUAAUAAACACAAAUAUUUUGUACUAUAGUAUGUACAAGUUCUAACCUACCUUUGUUGAUGACUUUUUGGCAUAUGGAUGAUGGUGUGGAGGGGGGGGAGGAGGAGAGGGGUUAGUGUUUGGAAGGGGAGUCCCCUUCCAUUAUAAAUUCAGGCAGUGAUGACAUUUCUGGACAGCCUCGCUCCUGUGCCAGUUAAGUUCACUACGGGCUCAUGCUACUUGGAACUUUUUGUUCCCAGUAGCUGAAUCUUAAACAAGACGACGACUUGGCAGUAUUAGGGGCUUACCAUAGCCCGUGCUACAUGGACAUUUCAUUCUGAGUAGCUAAAUCUAAAACAAGAAGAAGACUCGGCAGUAGUGGUAAGUCCACUACGGGCUCACCAUAGCCUGUGCUACUUGGAUUUUUUUUCCAAGUAGUGAAUCUUAAACGACAACGACAACGACUCGGCAGUAAACAGAAGCGAAAAAGAAACAGGGAAAAAGUUCCCACCUCAAUUUAAAAACUUUGACCCAAAUAUCACAGUAACAAGGUUAUCGCGAAUAACCGAACUCAAUUACGGGCUCACCGUAGCCCG